CAACUCCCCUUCAAACCCACCCCGAUCCCCUUUUCUCUUGGCAUGAUUUGCUUCAAUCCGACCUUUUUAAUUGGUGAUAUGUUGCACGUACGUAUAUACUUGCCAGAUCUAAGUACUUGCCUGCCAAAUCCAUGCCCUUUGCCCCUGCUCCCAGUCUUAGAUCUCCAUAUGUAGCAUCCGUGAAGUUAUAAGGCAGCCAAGACACUAGAAAUUAGGACAUGAGAAGGAUAUUUGACAUAGAGCUAGUUAUGAGUCCAUAUGACCUUUGUUUUUAGAACAUUGUUGUCCAUAAAUUUCUUAGGAGCCGACUGGACAUACAUGCUUAAUUGUUGAUUGUGACUUAUUAUCUUUGUCUCUUAUUUCGGAUUCACAAAUAGUCAAGCACAUAUCUGUAUUUUUUGUUAAUGAUUUAGGUGGAUCUUUUUAUAAGUUACUCAUCACUAUUAUUAGUUAUAAGCAGCUCUGAUUUUGUACAAUGUAAAUAUGAUUUAGAUCAUUCAUAUUAAUGUACUUGUUAUAUUGACCCAGAUGGACUUGGAUCAGCAAAGAUAUUAUUAUCUCACCAUGUUGUGGCGGAGAACUCUGUCUGUCAUUGUUCUUCUCUUGGCUCUUUGGUAUAGAAACAAAGAUGGUAGAAAAUUUAGAAGUGGAGGAAGAAAGUAUGGUCCACUAGUUGAGAGAGACAUCUACAGAACUAAUGUCCUGGUUAGGCUAAUUGACACAUCCGAUGCAAUAUGUAUCAAGCAACUGCGGAUGUCUCGAGCUGUGUUUUACAAGCUAUGCAUUAGGCUCAGGCAGAAAAAGUUGUUAAUUGAUACACUACAUGUUUCAGUAGAGGAACAAGUAGCAAUGUUCCUAUACAUGAUCGGUCAGCAUCACACAAAUUCAUCCAUUGGAUUUUGGUUCUGGAGAUCUAGUGAAACAGUGAGCAGAUAUUUCAAUAUUGUUCUUCGUGCAAUGGGGGAGUUAGCUUGUGAUCUCAUUUACAUUAGAUCAACGGACACACACACAAAAAUCACUAGCAGCCCGGACAGAUUCUACCUGUAUUUUGAGGGAUGCAUAGGGGCACUAGAUGGCACUCAUGUUAAGGCUUGUGUUCCUGCCCACAUGGUCGACAAGUUUAGGGGCCGCAAGUCAUACCCCUCCCAAAAUGUGCUAGCAGUUGUUGACUUCGACCUUCGAUUCACAUAUGUUCUAGCUGGUUGGGAGGGCUCUGCCCAUGAUUCUCUUGUGCUAAAAGAUGCCCUCACACGUCCAGGGGGAUUAAAAAUACCCGAAGGGAAAUAUUUCUUGGCUGAUGCUGUAUGCUGCGAGGCCAGGGAUAUUACCUCCUUAUCGUGGUGUGCGCUACCACCUAAAUGAAUUUGCUGGAGACCGUGACCCAACUACCCCAAAACAAUUGUUCAACCACCGCCAUUCAUCACUUAGGACCACAGUUGAACGGGCAUUUGGGACUCUUAAGAGUCGCUUCAAGAUUCUUACUCAAAGGCCCUUCAUACCUUUGAAAUCUCAGAUUAAAGUGGUAGUUGCUUGUUGUGCUUUGCACAAUUGGAUAUUAGAAAAUGGUCCAGAUGAUUAUGUUGUGGAUGAGGUGACAUGGUAUGCCAAUCUCCCUAGGAGUACUGGGCGGGUUCGUGAUCAAGAGGCUGACAUAUGUGAGUGGGCUGCCAAGCAAGAUUUAAUCGCUCAGCAAAUGUGGACAGAUAGAGAGAGUGCACGUGACAAUGAGGCUGAUGCUAUCCCAGCUUAGUAUCUUUGAUGUAUUUCCAUGUGAUGGAACAUUUGAAGGAUGUACUGUACACUGUACCUUUGAUGUAUUUCCAUGUGAGGGAACAUUUGAAGGAUGUAUUGUACCUUUGAUGUAUUUCCAUGUGAGGGAACAUUUGAAGGAUGUGUUGUACCUUUGAUGUAUUUCCAUGCGAGGGAAAAAUUGAACGAUGUAGUGUUUCUAUUUUAAUGACUUUGUGUAAAUUAUUGUAUUCUUGUAAUAUUGUUUGACUUAUUUCAAUUUAAUCUGGUCUCUCUGUCCUAUUAAAUAGGUUUAGUUUUGUCCUGCUGUAAGUUGGAUCUGUGAUGUUUCAUGUUCGUAUGCUGACAUUUUUUUGAGGGUUUUUGCUUCUAACUCACUUUCUUAAUAA